AUGAAAACAGCAGUGACAGUCUUACAAGAAAUGAUGAUAAAAAUGAAUAAAGUGCCUGAAUAUGAGUGCAUUGCACAGGCAGGACCACAGCACCAGGCAAUGUUUGAGUACCGUUGCAAGGCAAAUGGAGUGACAGUUACAGCAAUAGCUCGAUCAAAAAAGGAGGCAAAGCAAGAGGCAGCACGAAUCAUGCUACUGCAAUUGGACAAAUGUGGUCUGCCAGUCCCACCACCGUUUUGCCAUGGUGGAGCGCCGAGCCAAACUUUGGGUCCAUCAACAAGUACUAGUAGUGAUCAAGCUUCGUCCAUUGGUCCUCUAUCAUCCCGUAGUUAUGUUGCACUUCUCAAUGAACUUUGUGAAGAAUACCAUCUUCCAGCCGUUGAAUAUGAACUGACAGCAGACACAGGACCACCACACGCGCGCCAUUUUACAAUAAGCGCUCGCAUGGGAAUGUAUGAACGCCACGCAACGUCUACCACCAAAAAGGCCGCUCGUCAACUUGCUGCUGAACAGCUCUACACCUAUUUGAAAGGAAACCUUUCGAGGGUCACAAAAGAUUUUGUUGAGGAUGAUGCACUGGUCCGAGCACAUGAGAAAGCAAUGGAUCGCUAUGUGGAAGCUCGCGAGGACCUUGCUUGGCGACCCAACCUCGGUCAGAAAAUCGCCGACUACCAUUUAGGUCUGUUGACCCACAUCGACUCUGAGAAGCAUGCGCGAGCGCUGGAAGCGCUGGAGGCGUGUCGCGAGCUGGAGGCGGAGCGCGCGCUGGCAGCCGUGGUGGGCGCGCUGGGGCUGAGCGUAGAGUGCUACGAGCUGGGGGGUGACCGCGGCCCGCUCAGCGUAUUGUGCCUGACACCCACUGCGCCCGCAGUAACCCUCGCCGCCCGAGACCCCUCCACCGCUGCGGCGACCGCGCUGCGAUACCUGCGUCGUUCCCUCGCUGCAGAUCCAGAGCCCCCGCUCUAA